AUGGGCUCCACAGUCGAAGCGAACUGGACCGCCCACCACCCGCGCCGUAUGGCCCAAGCAGAGCCCAUGUUCGUCCGCGGCAUCCUCUCCGGCCCCACCGCUCAAGCAAACGACUCGCGGUAUCCGGUGCCCAUUCCGACCUCAUCUACUCCAGCAGCAGACCGCUCUACCAUCGCGUGCGGGACCUGCUUCUGCGGCGCCGUGCAGCUAGAGCUUCCGCUUGACUCUGAGCCCGCUAUAUCAGUCGUGUGCCACUGCACCGACUGCCGGGAGUGGCACUCGGUGGGCAGCGUGCCGUACAUGAUGUUUCCGCUGCUGAACCUUACCGAGGAGACAGGCGAGAUGUCGAUAAAGGUCACCGCAGGCGCGUCCCUGCUCUCAUAUGUCCACCGCACGCCCGAGGUGCGCCGCUACUUCGCGACCUGCUGCGGGACGCGGCUGUUCAACAGCGUGUGGAACGAAGCGGCGGGCUUGAAGCUCUGCGGGACGUUCCCGACCGUGUUUUCGUCGUUUGAGUGGCAGCCGACUAUGCAUGUUAACGUCAGGGAGAGCAAUUAUCCCACGUUAGAUGUGAGGCGGUUCAAUGAUCUGCCCGCUGAGUUCGGGGGGACGGGGACGCAGGCGGAAUGA